AUGCUGGAUCCACUCAUCUUCCAUUUUGUCCUCCGUGAGAAAAUAAUAUACGUCAAGGAUGAAGUGUACCUUCCUCUGUCUUUCCGCCGUAGGCUGCAUAGACUCUCUCAUCGCUUGCAUCAACGGAAGGACACUUCCGUUCUGUCCUUGAUCCAGCUGAUCUUUGAGCAGGCUAAGAAGCUCUUUAAAGAAAAGCAGAUAGCCGAUGAGGUCAAUUUUGCUGAAAACCCUUCGCUUAAUGUCGCGAAACUCUUUUUGCGCACAGUCAAAGUGCAGAGAAAAGCGCAACACCCCAUACUUCCAGAAUUUUAG